AAUGCCUCGAAACACACGCCAUGCACGCCGCUCGGCGCAGGCGCCAGAGGUACUUGUUCCCUUCCACCGCCUUUCUCAAGCUGCGACUCGCAUUGUCGCUCUGGACGCACGAGAAUCCUCCGGGUCCUCACCGUAGUGGGGCACGCGUGCAGCAGGAAAAAUAUUGCCUCAACACCGACGCGGGUGCAAAAAGCAAUUGCUGUGUCUUGAGAUAUACAUAGCCGUGCUUUUUGCCCGCUGAUAUCAGAACAUCGCUCACGUCUCCCUCCCUUCAGUGCCAGUACCGCUCCGGACAGCCCCGCCGUUCCGCAGCAUGUCGUCCACCGAGGUCCUCCGCGCGCUCAACUACUCCAACAUCAACCCGCACGUCAAGGCAGCCAAGUAUGCCGUGCGUGGUGAGCUAGCCGUCCGCUCCGAGGAGUACCGCGCGAAGCUGGCCAAGGGCGAGGGCAAGGACCUGCCCUUCGACACCGUCAUUGCCGCGAACAUCGGCAACCCGCAGCAGCUCGACCAGAAGCCCAUCACAUUCUUCCGCCAGGUCGCCAGCCUCCUGGAGAACCCGCAGCUGCUCGAGCACGAGGAUGUGCUUAUCAACAGCCUUGGAUACAAGUCGGAUGUUAUCGAGAGGGCGAGGUGGCUACUGAAGGAGGUCAAGAGCGUGGGAGCAUACAGCCAGAGCCAGGGCGCGCCAGGCCUGCGGGAGAGCGUUGCCAAAUACAUUGAGCGACGUGACGGCUACCCAGCCGCUCCCAAGGACAUCUACCUCAGCAAUGGCGCGUCCUCGGGCGUGAACACCCUACUCCAUGUCAUCUGCGCUCGGCCCAACACCGGUGUCAUGGUUCCCAUUCCCCAGUAUCCUCUCUAUACCGCUACACUUGCCGUCCUCGAUGCUCGCUGCGUACCAUACUUUCUGGACGAGAGCCAGGCCUGGGGGACAAGCCUCAAAGAGAUCCGGUCUGCCUACGAGAAGGCAGUUGCAGAAGGGACCGAUGUCAAGGCAAUUGCCAUCAUCAACCCUGGCAACCCGACUGGUGCGAGUCUGCCCGCCGAAGACAUCAAAGCUGUUUUGGAAUUUGCUGCCGAGAAACACCUCGUGGUGAUCGCCGACGAGGUGUACCAAACGAACGUCUUCAUUGGCGAGUUCAUCUCCUUUAAGAAGGCUCUCCGCGACCUGCAGAAGGAACAGCCUGGAAAAUUUGACCACAUCGAGCUUGCUUCGCUGCACAGCGUCUCCAAGGGCAUGGUUGGCGAGUGCGGACACCGAGGUGGCUACUUUGAGCUCGUUGGUUUCGACCCGGAAGUUGCUGCCGAGAUCUACAAGUUCAUCAGUAUCCAACUCUGCCCGCCCGUGCUCGGACAGUGCAUCGUGGAGAUGAUGGUCAACCCACCAAAGGAGGGCGAUCCAAGCUACCCGCUGUACAAGGAGGAGUACGACGGUAUUUUCAACGGCUUGAAGAAGCGCGCAUAUGCUCUCUACGAGGCAUUCAAGCAGAUGGAGGGCGUAAAGUGCAACGAACCUCAGGGCUCCAUGUAUCUGUUCCCCACCAUCACCAUCCCGCCCAAGGCCGUCGAGCAAGCCAAGAAGGAAGGCCGUCAGCCCGACGAGUUUUACUGCUUCCGCAUGCUGGACAAGACCGGCAUCUGUGUCGUUGCCGGCUCCGGCUUUGGCCAGAAGGAGGGCACGCUCCACUUCCGGACGACUUUCUUAGCCCCCGGCACCGAAUGGACGGGCAGGAUCGUGCAAUUCCACAAGGACUUUAUGGAGGAGUUCAAGUAGGUUCCUAGUCUAGUGACGCGGUCUGAGGGUUUAAGCGAACUGGUGAUAUGGCGAUUCAUGGGACGGUGUGUAUGGGAAAACGGGUCCAAGCGGUUCAGACGACAAAUGUCUGAACUGUCAUGCGUAGAUAUCUGGACGGAAUCUCAACUUUUCACAUUCCGCUGACGCCGUGCGCUAAGUUCACAAAUCCAUGUUCCUGCAGAUACCACGUCAAUCGACUGGCACAAUUGACUUCGCGACUCGUAUUGCAUAAGGCCAGCACUCUAUAAGUUUUCAAGACUGCCGUCUCAGUCUUCGGUUUCACACCCUGCCAGUC